AUGCUUUUCCCUGUUUCAGAUGCCACGCCAAUAUCAUCUGCUAACGAGAAGUUGGCAGAUCCUGGUGCGUUUGACUCAGCGAAAAUCGACGAGACUGCCAACAUGACUGAUCUAGACGACUACCUAGACCUCCUCUAUGAAGACACGACUGAACAACUGCGAGGUUCCGCGUUAAUACUGCAACUAGCGAGGAACCCCGACAAUUUGGAGGAGCUAUUUCAGAACGAACAUGAGAUACAGAACUAUGCGCGUUGGAUGGAGGAGCUCAAGAGAAUACGAGCUGAGCAAGGUGAGGAUUGCCCAGAAUACAAGCAGAACGCAGAAAAAUAUGAGGAUUUGGUCAGGAAGCAGGAGCAGCUUCUUAGAGGUGUUCUCAUCGAUGAUCUCUUUGUUUGCUUGGCAGCAUCUCAUCAUUGCAUGGGGACUGUCGAUCACAGGAAGAAAGCUUUGGAAUCCAGAUAG